GUUUCUGGAGGAAGCAGUUGGAUCACGUCUGUGCUCACCUGAGGAGUUACGCUCAGAACAACGCCCCCUUCAGGGCUCUGCUGGGAGAGCCUCGCCUGGGCCGGAUGGUUUCUGCUGUGAUUCAGGAAGAUCGCUACGAGGUCAGUGUGACCAUCAGCUUCGUGUCGGCGGGGCGGGAAGAGAAACAGGAGGCAGCGGGCGGCAGCGUUGGACCGACUGCAGGUCGGACUGAGACUCUGAGCAGCGUUACAGAGCGAUCCGCCGACAGCAGCGGUCUCAGUAAGAGUCUGGGAAGUGAUCAGUCCACAGGUGUGAUGAAACCUCCCAAACCAAACCCGACACCCAAACCUCCGGUGAAGGACGUUCAGCUGCUGAAGGAGCUCGGUCCGGGUCAGGGUGAGAUCAGCAUCAUCCAGCAGCUCUUGGAUCAGGGGGCGGAUCCUUCCUGCUGCGGCAGCGAUGGCAGACACGCACUGGCGGUCGCCGUGGUGAACGGGCACCAUGAUGUACUUCCUGUUUUAGUGCAGCGUGGAGCCGACGUGGACCAGCAGUCGGGACAGAUGAAGAACUCUGCUCUGCAUGAAGCUGCAGUUUUGGGCUCUGAAGGUCUGCAGUCCGCUAAAGUCCUGCUCAGCCUGAAGGCCGGCGUGCGGCGGAGGAACGCCAGCGGUCUGACGGCGUACGACUUGGCGGUGAACUCCGGCUGCAACGACAUGGCGUCUCUGCUGGCUGCUCAGACCGGACUGGACUUACUGGGAAAACUGGGAAAACCCAAACUGAACCUGGACGUGUUCUGACUGGAUGCUCUGUAGCACAGGAUGUACCGACUCAUUGAUCGGAAACUGAUCGGAAACAGCUUGUUUGAUUUGUUACUAAAUAAAUAAACAGCGUCUGAUGUUUUUUUAAAUGAUUAUUAAUUUCCUGUAAGACUGUUGACCUAAAUAAACUGGCUUUCAGCUUCAUCUCAUGGUCUUCAUCAGCCAAACACACUCAUCACGU